UGCUGACUUGACAUCAGAUAUAAAGGUCUGUACAAAGACAACCAGCAGACAAAAUGCCUGAAAUUAAUGUCCAACACGUGGUCUCGUAUAGCAGUGCCGACAAGGGAUUUCCAGCUGACAACAUCUUGAAAGCAGAAGGUGCACACAAAUGGAAGACCACAGCUCCAGUGGAUAAGCAUGCUACAGUUGUCUUGCAGUUUGAGAAAGCAUCACUUAUAAACAGUAUUGACAUUGGAAAUGAAGGUUCAGCCUUUGUUGAGGUGCUGGUUGGUAAAUCAUCAGCUAAAGAAGACAAAGAUUAUCAGGUGCUUCUUGUGGCCUCCUCAUUUAUGAGUCCAAUGGAUAGUCGUAACAAUACAAAUAGGAACAGUGUACGCAUGUUUGGUAAAGAGAAACUCUCUAAAACUGCUGUCAGCGAAAAAUGGGACAGAGUGAAGAUUGUUUGCACACAACCCUUCAAUAAGACGUCUAGUUACGGAUUGUCCUUCAUCAAAUUCCAUUCUCCUCCAGCACCAGGAGAUAAGGAGGAACCUUCUGUUGGUGCAAAGAAACUUGGUGCCUUCCUCAUCAAACCAGAGAAAGAAGAUGAUAUACAAAUGGGGUCUGUGUUUGCAAAAAGGUCAGAGGUCAAGGAUACCAUGCCGGCCACUGGAGCAGCAGCCAUCAGAGCAGCAUCUCGACUAUCAGAGGAGUCACGCUCGACGUCAGUUUUAUCUCCCGCAGCAUCACAAAAAUCUAAAACCAAUGAUGUUGCUUCAUCGCUCAAAUCUGAAACCAGUGAAUCUUCCUCAUUUUCUAAAUCUAAACCAAGCAAUACGAAAGCAGCCCCCAAAAUGUCUGAGAACCGCAGUAAAAGGAAACAUAAGUUAAGUGAUAACGAGGGUCAAAGUUCAGACGAUGACGACUCGCUGCCUGGCAAACCCCCAUUGAAGAAACAGACCACAAGUCUCAGUUCUACAGCCUCCUCAGUGAAUAGUGAUACGAAAACAACAUUGAAAAAAAUUAAAUCUGAACCUGCUCGUGAAUCACCUAUAAAGUCCUUUAAGCGGCUUAUGGAGGGGGUGGUGUUUUCUUUGAGUGGAUUCCAAAAUCCAUUCCGGGCAGAGCUGAGAGACAUGGCCACAGAAAUGGGAGGUGUUUACAAGGCAGACUGGGAUAAAACAUGUACACAUUUGAUAUGUGCCUUCACUAAUACCCCAAAGUACAACCAAGUUAAAGGAAAGGGGAGGAUAGUGAAGAAAGACUGGGUCCAGCACUGCUACAAACAGAAGAAAUAUUUACCAUGGAGGAAAUACAGACUUGGUGAUGCUGAUUACUCCAGUGAUGAGGAGGAUAAAGAGGAUGAACCUGUUAUUAAGAAAACUCCUAGUAAACACAAGGAGAAGCAAGAUAUCAGGGAUGACAAGAGCUCCUCAAGUAAGGAAUCCACAUCUAAAAAAGUUAAAAAGGAAGUGUAUGAUGAUGACACCGACGUGGAUUCUGGAGAAGAUACUGAGGAUGAAGUCCGCAGAAUUAAACAAAAAAUGGAGAAAGGUGAUAAAUCAAAGGCUGAUGAAGUAGAUAACUAUGGUGAUUCAACAGACAAUGAUGAUGAACCCUCUAAAAAAACAACACACAACAAAGUUAGUAAGAUGGAGGUGGAGGACGAUGAUGAUGACUCCGGCCUACCUGAACUUCCAGAUCUCUUCACAAACAAAAAUUUCUUCCUUUAUGGAGAUUUCUCUGUAUCGGAACGACGUCUAAUAGUUCGAUAUAUCACAGCAUAUAAUGGGGAGUUGGAGAACUACAUGUGUGAUAAGGUGAAUUUUGUAGUUACCUACAAUAAAUGGGAUGACAAUUUUGAUGAGGCUUUGGCAGAUAACUCAGAGCUGGUGUUCGUGAAACCAAAGUGGAUUUAUUCCUGCCAUGAGAAAAACAAGACUUUGCCUUUCCAACCUUAUAUUGUUGUGCCAGAGUGAUUAUGAACAAAUGACUUUCUCUGAACAGCAGGUGUCUUAGUCCUUGUACAUGUUAAUGACUUGGUGGUUCAUCAUUUUAAUCUGGUCAGCUAUCUAUAACUGACCUUUAAAUCAGUCGUCAGAAUGUUCUGUGUACAGGUAGCAGUCAUGGUAAACUAUGGAGGUAAUUAUAUAUGUAUGUGUGUAUAGGAGGUGAGUUGAUAUCAGUUUUUCAAUAUCAUUCAACAAUCAGAGAUAUAUCUCAAUUGUUGUUUUAUUUCAGAAAAGAAAUCCCACUCUCUUUCCUCUGAUCAUGUCAAGUAAUUGACAAACAAUUCUGAUAAAUCUAUUUUAAAAGUCAAACAUCUCAUUUAUUGUGUUUACACAGUCUGUUGAUUUUCCACUUAUACUUAUUUUUGUUAUUUUAUAUAUUGGGUGAAGAUAGGCACAGAUUUAAAGUCAAGUUGGAUGAAUUGUUAACAAAGCAAUGAUAUUUUGUAAUCUAUGAUAAGAUUUUUUUUUUUGUCAGGAAUGUUUGAAUUGUGCAAUUUGUUCAGUCAUGUCAGCAUAUAUGUGUGCCGUUAUUUGCAAGAUAAUAAGGCCUUUUGCAUUUAAAUAUGUUUCCUAAAGGAGGAUUCCGGAAAGAAAAAUUUCUAUACAGGAUAUAUGUUGUGGAGAUAAUGCCAUUUAUUUUGGUUUUAUAAACUUGUCUAAAUGAUCUUUAUUUACUAAUGGGGCCCUCCCACAGGAUAGAUAUCUGCCUGAAAUAGACCUAUCAGUGUAAUGUUUUCAUUCCAUUCCAUCUUCUAAAAAUACAAUAACAUAUUGAUCAAUUUCUUAAUGUGGAAUCUAUUGUUUUAAUGAUAUAGUUUAAACAAUGUGCAUAGUUACAUCUCCUAUGUUUAGCUCCACUGAUGUGGCGUCUGUCGUCCAGCAUCAAUUUUUCCUUUAAACAACUUCUUCUCAAUAGUCAAUGGAACAAAUAUUUUGAUAUCUGACUGCUAUGUUCCUAAGAUGAAGCUCUACAAAGUUUGAGAAAAAAAAUCACUUUGACCUUUAUUCAAGGUCACAGGAGUCAGGUUUGUUAAAACCUUUAAAAGACUUCUUCUCUUGAACUAAAAGGCCUAGAGGCAUGAUAUUGAAUGGUAUAUAUAUAUAUAUCUACCAGGUGAGCACUGCAGGCCCAUUGGGCCACUUGUUUUGUAUUGUUAUACAGUGUACACUGUAAAGUAUAUUUUUAGUAUCAAAACCCCCGUAAGUUAGACUGGAACCCAUAACUAUGAAUUGUUGACUCACUGAAAUAAGAGUGUUCUUUACCAAAGACUACUUGUUUGAAUUUUCUGACUGGGUCUAUAUUAAUGUAUAUUAUAGGUCAAACAAUGUCAUUGUAUGAGUACUUGGAAUGUUAUCGUUAAGAUAAAGCUAAAUGUAAAUAUAGGAGUAGAUGUUUACUGGAGAUCACUGUGACAUUUGUACUGAUUUGUUUCUGAUAAUAAUGUUUUAUGUACACUGAGAAUAGAACUGAUUGGCCAAUAUUUUAGAAAUACACCAAUAUUGUUGAUGUAAGUGAUGUUUGUAUUGACCAUCAUUUCUAGAAUAACUUUCCUUAAAAACAGUACUUGAAACAAGCUUGUAUCAUGAAUGUAUUGACCAACAUUUUAUAGAAAUAAAUUUCUUAUAUAAUGAAA